UUCAAAUAAUUAUAUUAUUUUAGAUGAAUGUGCAAAAUCAAUUUUUACUCAUCCUAUUAUUUUGUAUUAUUUUUCUCCAUUUUAUCAAAAAAACAUUUUAAAAACUAUGAUGACUUUUAUGCUUAUUGAUAUUUGUAAUGUAAUAAUUGCUUUAUUUAAAGAAUAUAAUAUAAAAAAUUUAUUUUUUCAUUUCAAAAAUAAAUUACUAAUACAACUAUAUAAAAUGAUAGACAAAAAAGAAAAAGAUGAAAAAAUAAUAAUAUUGAUAUGAUCAUUACUUUGUUAGAGAUAUUACAACUGACAUCAAAAGAUAUUGUCUGUUUAUUAAAAAGAUUAGUAAAAUUGGAGAGUAUUAUAUUUAUUUCAAAUGAUAAAAAUUUAUCAAUAUAUGGAUAUGUAGUUCCGAAACUCUUACAAAUAAUUAAUAACAACGAAAUGAAAUCCGAACGAAAUAUAUUUUUUGAAUUGAAUGCAGAAUUCAUUAAAGAUCUAUGUUUGCAUUUAUUAUUUUUAAAAUCAAAUUUAAUUAUGAAUUGUGAAAUAUGGGAAAUAGCAUUAUAUGAAUAUUUUUUAAAUUUUUCGUUCAAUAUUGGUGGCAUUGAUAUUAAUAUUUUUACAUCAUUAUUAUCAACAAAAAUGACAAAUACAACUGUAAAUUUAAUUUCACUUCUUAUUAAAAAAAAUAUAAAGUUUAUACCCAUUUUUGUAGAAUAUAUAACAAAAUCUAAAAAUAUAGAAAGAGGUAAUAUUGUAUUACCUAUAGUUGCAAGUAAUUUAAAUUUUAAAUGGGAUUUAGAUUUUUUACAAAAUUUGAGAAAAUAUUAUGAAAUUGAAAUAAUAUCUUAUUUGUGUAAUCCAAAAGAUACAAAAUCUUGGAUAGAAGAAAAUGUUAUUGCAAUUUGUUAUUUAAUUAAAACCACAUUUUGUUUUAAAAAAUGUCAUGAUAUAUGUGAUAUUAUUUUACAAAUUGGUGAUAAAUUAGAUAUGAUAUCUAUACAAUAUAUACAAAUUCUCCAAAGUAUAUAUAAUAAAUCUGCUGUCUCAGAAAUGGAGAAUGAAAAAUUGAUCAUGAAUUUGACACAAAUUUUUCUUCAUAUAAUUACUGUAACUUUAAAAAAAGAAUCUAAAAAUAUUCAAAAACUUCAAAUUCUUUGUGAAGUUUUAAAUGAUGCUAUUAAACAUUUAAAAAAUAAAAGAAAAGAUUUUAGAUUUGAAGCAUUAAAUUGUAAUCAUUCAUGGACACAAUUUAUACGAUUUUCUUUAAAAUUUGGUCUAAAAGAAAUGAAAAAUAAUAAAGAAUCAGUGAAAAUAUUAAAAACAUUAAGUGCUUUAUGUGAUAUUGCAUAUGAAAAUAACAGUAAUGAUGAACAUGUCAAAAUUUUGUUUGAAAUGGCAACUUCUCAUUCAGAAUUUAUUAAUAUUAUGUUGGAUUCAUCAGAUACUAAAAGUAAGAUAUUAAUAAGAGAUUUAGUAGAGUUGUUAUGGAUUCUUAUGCAAAAAAAUAAAAUAGUUAUGAUACCGACCCAUAUACCUGUUUAUUUAGCAGCAUAUAAUGCUACUUUAAGUGAAGCUGAUCAAUUCAUUUUACUUAUUUUACAAUAUUAUGAAAGUAAUAAUAUUAAUAUUUCUGAAUAUCAGCCAUAUGUAUGGGGAAAUACGGCUGCGACAUAUUACAGUGUGAAAAAUGAUACAUAUACUUCUUUAUGGAGGGAACCAUCUAUUAUUCAAGUUUUAAGUUUAUUUGAGGAAAAUAUAGUAAACAAUACUAUAAAGAAUAUCCUAUAGAUAGAGCUUUGAAGAAUAAUGAAUUAUA